AUGGGUGGGUGUUUCACUUUCCACUCCGGAUUCCUGCAUUGCUUAUAUUCGACCCUCGAUAGAUUCCUCGUUAUCGAAGACUUCUUUACAAAGGACGUUGCAAAUUCCCUGAAAUACAGAGCGGAAGAGUUACUCCAUAAUUUUUCCUUGGAAGGUCAUCCUAUGACCAAAUUCAGCACGGGUAAUGAAGAUGGAGAUAAUCAUAUCGGUGAUGAUUAUUUCCUGAAUUCGGGAGAUAAAAUCCGCUUUUUCUUUGAGGAGGGAGCUUUUGACCAGCAGGGCAACCUCAAGGUCCCAAAGGAGCGGGCUAUCAACAAAAUUGGUCACGGUAUCCACGCUUUGGACCCUGUCUUCGGCCCGUUUUCGCUGGAUGAAAAGCUCUCCGGGAUCGCAAAGGACUUGAAGUUUACCGACCCUCGUGUGUUGCAGUCUAUGGUCAUUUUCAAGCAACCUUAUAUUGGUGGAGAAGUGCCGUCGCACCAGGAUUCGACUUUCUUAUAUACCGAGCCGACUUCUGCUGUAGGAUUCUGGUUUGCUUUGGAAGACUGUACUGAACACAACGGCUGUCUUUGGUUUGUUCCUGGCUCGCAUAAGACUACACCCAUUAGUCGCCGUUUUGUACGGGAUCCCAAGGGUCAUGGUACCACGUUUAUUGGCGAAGAUGCCGCUCCUGUCGAUGAAUCAAAGUAUGUCAUAAAGGAAGUGAAACAAGGCACUUUGGUAUUGCUUCACGGUAGUGUCCUCCAUAAAUCGGCACCAAACUACUCUGAAAGAUCGCGCUUUAUUUAUACUUUCCAUGUCAUUGAAGGCGCAGCUCAUUAUCCAUCGGAUAACUGGUUGCAACCAACACCUGAAAUGCCUUUCACACGUUUGUAA